AUGGGUACUAGCGGAAAGUUGCAUCUUCAUGCCAUGCUCAAUGCCCACCUUGGUAUCCGCCUUGGUAUCAGGUUGGGUAUCAACGUCAGUAUUGAGCGUGGUAUCACUAUCUCGCGACAUCAAGCACAAUUCCAUUCUGCGCAUAGCGUCAAGGCCAGGCGGAAGAGAAAUGCUCCUCACUUUGACAAGUUUUGCGACCUCUCGACUUAUUCAAGCAUAUUCGCAUGGGAUGUGUGGGUGGCGCGCUUGGAUUUCUGCUGCACGGUACUGGAUAACUGUUAUGCGCGAGGGAGGCUCCAUCACAUCGGCCCAGGGGGCGGUGAGGACAGCAGUGUUGUGAAGGUCGACUCGGACUACGAAGAGAGAGGGCGUACGCAAACUACAAAGACAUUGCCCAAUUACAAAGCGAGAAUACGCUGGUCAGAGACCGAGUCCAGUUGA